ACUGGAGCGUCAGUACAGGGAGAGAGAGCAACUGUGACUGGCAUGCAGGGGGUGAGUCUUUUGCUCCAGGCUAGGAAGGGAAAAAAGGCACUGUAGAAGGGAGGGGGAGGGCUUAAAGAAAAUGGAGAGCUAUGAUAGGCUGCUUGCUGACUGACGGGCAGGGGCGGGGAAAUCCCCUCCGGUGUAGACUGCCAUGGGAAUGCAAUGUGAAAAGGCUGCUACACAGUGCGAACAGCUGAGGAAACAAGCCGGGCUGCUGCUGCUGCUGCUGGAGUUGGACAAGUGACCCGCCGGGCUGUUCAGUUGCUUCUGCUGCUGGAAGUGCAGAGCGGGGAGAGCUAACAUGACUAAAGUAGCGCCGUGCACGGAUAUGGCAAAGUACAAGGGGAUGGUGCUUGGUGCUUUGACUCAGGGAGAGCAGCAGCGCCUGUAUUCUGCGCACAGAAAGAUGCUGUCAGCGAGGCAAUGGAGGGGCAAAACACGCAGGAAAAGGAAGGAGCUUUUUUGGGGGCAAUUGUGUUUUAUGGGCUGCCUUUUGCUCAUCAGCACGUCUGUCUCCCAGUGGACCGAGGCAUCUGGCUAUAAUAGUGUUGACUAUUUUGACAAUGAUCUAAGCAAUGCAAUAGAAACCAAUGAAAAGUGGAGUGGACGUGGGAUACUUUGGACAAGUGAUGAAAAUGUGACUGAAAGCCAAAGAGAGACCAAGCAUCGCAAGAAUUGUACAGAACCAGCUCUUCAUGAAUUUCCCAGUGACAUAUUCUCAAACGAGGACAGGAGACAUGGGGCAGUCAUCCUACACGUGUUAUGUGCAAUGUACAUGUUCUAUGCCCUUGCUAUUGUCUGUGAUGACUUCUUUGUCCCAUCGUUGGAAAAGAUCUGUGAAAGGUUACAACUAAGUGAAGAUGUGGCAGGAGCUACUUUCAUGGCAGCUGGCAGCUCUGCCCCAGAGCUUUUUACAUCUGUAAUAGGGGUAUUUAUCACAAAGGGAGACGUGGGUGUUGGAACUAUUGUUGGCUCAGCUGUUUUCAAUAUCCUCUGUAUAAUUGGAGUCUGUGGGCUGUUUGCAGGACAGGUUGUUAUGCUCUCGGCCUGGUGUCUGCUGCGGGAUGCCACCUAUUAUACUCUGUCUGUCAUCGCUCUCAUUGUGUUCAUUUAUGACGAGACGGUUUCCUGGUGGGAAUCCCUGAUCCUUGUCAUGAUGUACGCUGUUUACAUUCUCAUAAUGAAGUUCAAUUCAUCUAUACAUCAGUUCUUCGAAAGAACGAAAAAAGGAGCAGGCAACUUGGCAAAUGGUCUGGCUGCUAAUUCAGAACUAGAUGACAGUGUCCACUGUGAAGCAACGAUGGUGCUCCUCAACAAAGGAAAUUGUAAUCGCAAAACUUCCGUCAUAAUGGUAGACGAGUUGCUUUCUGCGUAUCCACACCAGCUCUCCUUCUCUGAGGCCGGACUGAGGAUUAUGAUAACAAGCCACUUUCCCCCCAAAACCAGACUUUCUAUGGCCAGCCGAAUGCUUAUAAAUGAGAGGCAGAGAUUAAUAAACAGCCGUGUUUAUGUCAAUGGCGAAUCGGAAGUGUCUAUCAAGAUUCCGAUCAAGCAUGCAGUGGAGAACGGAACAGGACCGGGGAACUCUAUGGAGAGGAAUGGGAACAGCAACAGAAGAGACGAAGUUGUGGCCGAGGCUGGCAAUGAGACUGAGAAUGAGAACGAAGACAACGAAAAUAAUGAGAACGAUGAAGAGGAGGAAGAAGAGGAAGAUGAUAAUGAUGGGCCUUUCACCCCAUUUGAAAUCCCAUCUGGAGCAGCGAACAAGGUAAAAUGGGUGGUGACGUGGCCCCUGUGCUUUCUCAUGUACUUCACUGUACCCAACUGUGCAAAACCGCGCUGGGAGAAAUGGUUUAUGGUGACUUUUGCCUCGUCUUCUAUGUGGAUCGCAGGUCUCUCUUAUGUGAUGGUGUGGAUGGUCACUAUAAUUGGCUUUACUUUGGGUAUACCAGAUGUAAUCAUGGGAAUUACCUUCCUCGCUGCUGGCACCAGUGUACCUGACUGUAUGGCAAGCUUGAUCGUAGCAAGACAAGGUAUGGGAGAUAUGGCUGUAUCCAAUUCCAUUGGAAGUAACGUGUUUGACAUCCUGAUUGGGCUAGGCCUUCCCUGGGCAUUACAGACUCUUGCAGUGGACUAUGGCUCUUAUAUCCAGCUAAACAGCAGGGGACUCAUAUAUUCUGUUGUUCUACUGCUAGCAUCAUUGUUUGUUACGGUGUGUGGCAUUCGCUUUAACAAGUGGAGGCUGGAUAAGAAGCUUGGUGUCGCUUGUCUGCUGCUGUACAGCGUCUUUCUGUGUCUCUCCAUUCUGACAGAGUUCAAUGUCUUCACUUUUGUGAAUUUGCCCAUGUGUCGGGGGAACUGAUGGGCUGAGAAUAACGGAUCCGGACCUCACUCACCUUUACUGUGCAAUACAAAGACCCCACACCCAUCAUAACGCAUGGUGUGCGCUGAGUUUGUGAAAAUAUGUUUUAGUCAUUGUUCUUGGGAAAAAUCUUGCUUCCUGGUUUUCUUCUUUAACUUUUAUGGGGUGAGGCUUUUCCCCUACACACUUUUUUUUGUGGCUCUUCAAUCUUAAUUCUUAUCAUUUUGAUCUUUUAAACAGAGACCAGGGUACUAGAUGAAACAGCUGCUAACUGGCCCUGAGCCAGCCUAAACCAUAUCUGCUACAGAUCGUUGUUGUUGUGGUUUUUUUUUUUGGUUUUUUUUGGAGAACUUUUAAGUUAUUUGGUGGACAACUAAUCUAAUUUAUGACUUUAGAUUGUUUAGACAAUUACAGAUGAAACAAAAGGAUUCGUUACAUGGGUAUCAAAGGAUCCAGCUCUCAGACCCUCUGUUGUUGGUCACAUCGGAACAAGCCGCUUGUGAGCAUUCCAUUGGUUGAGAACACCAACCCGAAAGGCCGCAAGUGCAUGGUGCCAUGUGAAUGUCUCUGAGGAUGAACGUUGGCCCUGUAUCAAAAGAGACUAGGGAAAGAUUAUUUUUUUUAUAUAAUGAACAACUUUGUCUCUUUAUGAAGAAAAGAAGAACUGUAGCCAAUUGCGAGGCAGUAAGACUGUUCUCCUCUUUGAGACUUUGUCAAACCAAAUCGGUAUUUUAUUGAAAACAGUUCCGAAACAGAGGAGCUUGUACUAUUGUAGUCAGUAAAACGGGGUGCUGUGUUCAUCGUGUACAGGGCGCUGCAGUAUCCCCACCAGCGCCAAGCGUUUUCGCUGGAUUAGCGCCCAGGUUAUAAUGUGACAAUGUCAGCUCCUUGUGUUAGUCCAAGCUCACAGUCUACGUGGUACAGUAUUUUUUAUAGACAUGGUUUCAUAGUCGGCCGUAGCCUCUAUGUAAACCUGUCCUUUUUAUUUGUUAAUACAGUUAUGGACACUGGUUUCUUUUUUUUUUUUUUUUUUUUUUUUUUUAAAGAAAAAAGGAAAAAAAAAGAACAUAUUUUUGCACAAAUGCUUUUUUGAUGACGAUACAACACACCACUUCUUUUUUUUACACUGGAUUUGGCUUCAGUUAUUUAAAUUUUUUCAGUGGCGAACAAAUUUAUAAGGGAUAUCACAUAGCAAGGAGGGGUUGAAUUCCCCCGGGCGAUCCAAUUGUUCAUAAUAAUCGUGUUUGACGAGUUUGUAUAGCCAACUUGCCACUGUCCAUUUAAUGUUUAAUGCUCCGUCUUAUUGAAUAAACUGAGGAGGGAAAUUGCGGGUUACCCCCCCCAGCAGCCCAACAACACAAUAUGUCAACAUAUCACAAUAUGUGAGUGUGAUUAUUGCAAUAUCCAUGACUCCAUUUAUACGCAGAAUUGGCGUUCAGUAUCCGCUGGGAAGUCCAAGUUAAACAGUCCCUCCCUUAAAUGAUAAUGCAUGUGCAGGACGGAAGAAAAAAAAGGCAAUACUGCCAAUGUUGACAGUCAUGAAAGCUAUCGUAUAUUCAGGGAUUUAAUGGAAGAUAACUGCACUGCUAUGUUUAUUUUUGUAAGUAAAAAAAAAAUAUUAUAUAUAGAUAUAUAUAUAUACACAUGCAUUUUCAUUGUGGUACAGUGUCUUACAUAAUUACUAUUACAACAGAAAUAUGCUUUAUUGAUAGGUGAAA